AUGGCCCCUCCCGGCCCCCGACGCCCCUCCACGACCUCCUCCCAAAACGGCCACCCUCCUCACCACCACCGCGACGCCCCCUCCUACCCCAGCGGCACCGACGACAUCGACCUCCCGCCGCCCUACGCGAAUACCCACAACGCAGACCACAUUUCCUCCUCCCUCCUCGAGCCCCGCAUCGCCGUCGUCCUCAACGUCCCCAAGGCCUGGCGCCCCUGGCUCUUCGCCUGCCGCCUGCUCUCCAUCGGCCCGCACAUCUUCUGGGCCCUCUCCCCCGCCGUCACCCUCCUCGUCCAGAUCAUCCCCGUCGCCGUCCCCGGCGGGAAGAAGGCCGCUGCGAACCUCGCCGCCGCGGGACUCGGGAAUGCCGCCGCAGCUGCUGCUGCCGCCGGGGCCGCGGCCACGGGAGGGCUAAGCUAUGCCGGAGGAGGAUGCGGCGCAUCGGCCUAUCUCUCCUUCUUCUUCAUCGACUGCCUCAUGUCCCGCUGGUUGAUCAACUACACCCCCUCAGCAACCAUAAUCCGCAUCCUCACAAUGAACGCCACAAAUGCCUUCCUCACGGAGCGAAUCCUCACCUUCUCAGGCGGCUUCGAGGACCCGAGGCUCUUACUCCCGGGAUGGGUCACAAUCGCAACAACCCUGACGAUAGCCUACCACAUCACCCAGCGCAGCAUAAACAUCAAAAAGGAAACCUCCACCUCGAUAAACAUCUUCUCCAUCGCAAGCUUCAUCAGCAUGGUCUCCCUGCUCGCGCACCUCCACUACAACGGCUCAGACUACCCCGAGAAGCCCUUCGAGUCGCUCGCCCGCCUACUGCUCGAGCUCGCGCGGAACGUCGUGGGCGACGGCAUCAUACCCGCGUCCUUCGACUCAUCCUCCACCGCGCGGACAGAGCUGUGA